CAACAACUACACCGACGACAACAACUACAACGCCAAUGACAACGGUGGUCAACGACGCAACGACUAUGGGUGCUAUUAUGGUGGACAUUAUGGUGUUAUUGGACCACUCCGCCAGUACAACCCGUUUCCAAGGUCUAAAUGCCUUCUAUAACCCCGCCAUCAUUGACUGGUCCAACACGUUCGUCGACAAUCUCCCUCUCGCCAGAUGCCCCGUCGGCUUCACCGUCUUCGAGAACAAUGUUCAGACACUGCAGACCAUCACCAGCGAUAACGCAGUGUUAAACGGCGUCAUCAACGCCCUAGCCACCGACAACACCAUCCCGUUUGCUAGCUCCGCUGUCGACCUAGGCAUUACAGAGGCAACCAACCAGCUGAUCAACAACGGCAAUGCUGGAGCGAAUAAGGUGUUGGUGGUCCUUCUUGAUGGAUCGUCUAACAAUGAUGCGGCUACGGAAGCUGCUGCUGUUGCUGCAGAGAAUGUGGGGGUGGAGACAUGGGUAGUGACCUUUCCGACCCUCAUGGGUGUGGCUAUCACACAGACCCAGCUGCUGGCCAUUUCUCGGAACCCAAGUCGUAUUAUCAGCGUUAACAAUGACCAGGAACUACCGCCGGUUGCAGCCAAUCUGGUUCUUAGUGUCUGCCCGUAGCCCUGGGAUGACAGCGUCAACUGUUCAUAGUGGACAAUUGACCAGGAUGCUUGUGGAAUGUUUGACAGCUUCGAUGCCAAAAAUAAUUGUCUUAACAUUAACUCUUUAUCGCUGCCAAGGAUGGCAUCUAUUUUAUGAUGCGACACCCUAGUGGCUUUAGGGUGAUUUGUAUCAUACACAAGUAAAGUGACGUGCGAAAGAAAUGUACACGCUGGUUGGUGGUGGCUAAAACUAAAACAAAGAAGGAAUGGUUAUUCGAUGUGGAUGUGUUACGGGUAUCACACUUCCUACGUUCGCAGUGUUCAGGUAACUGUUUUCAGAUUGGUAACGGUUUUAUAAGGUUUAUACGUUUUUGUACGAAUCCAGUUUCCAAAAGUAUAAUUUCUAAUGCCCUACAAUUUACAACUUAGGUGCGGGUGUUUAAAAAGAUUGUAAUAA